AUGAGAUUUCAAUCAAUUUCAAUAAUGAAAAAGUACAGGAAUCAGAUGACUGAGAGGAUAUUAAAUCUCACCCUGGAGAUCAUCUACCUGCUGACUGGACAGGUGAGGGAUUCUGGGUAAUGUCAGUAUGGAGAUCAUCUACCUACUGACUGGAGAGGUGAGGGAUUCUGGGUAAUGUCACCAUGGAGAUCAUCUACCUGCUGACUGGAGAGGUGAGGGAUUCUGGGUAAUGUCAUUAUGGAGAUCAUCUACCUGCUGACUGGAGAGGUGAAGGAUUCUGGGUAAUGUCAUUAUGGAGAUCAUCUACCUGCUGACUAGAGAGGUGAGGGAUUCUGGGUAAUGUCAUUAUGGAGAUCAUCUACCUGCUGACUGGAGAGGUGAGGGAUUCUGGGUAAUGUCAAUAUGGAGAUCAUCUACCUGCUGGCUGGAGAGGUGAGGGAUUCUGGGUAAUGUCAUUAUGGAGAUCAUCUACCUGCUGGCUGGAGAGGUGAGGGAUUCUGGGUAAUGUCACCAUGGAGAUCAUCUACCUGCUGACUGGAGAGGUGAGGGAUUCUGGGUAAUGUCACUAUGGAGAUCGUCUACCUGCUGACUGGAGAGGUGAGGAUUCUGGGUAAUGUCAUUAUGGAGAUCGUCUACCUGCUGACUGGAGAGGUGAGGGAUUCUGGGUAAUGUCAUUAUGGAGAUCAUCUACCUGCUGACUGGAUAGGUGAGGGAUUCUGGGUAAUGUCAGUAUGGAGAUCAUCUACCUGCUGACUGGAGAGGUGAGGGAUUCUGGGUAAUGUCACCAUGGAGAUCAUCUACCUGCUGGCUGGAGAGGUGAGUGAUUCUGGGUAAUGUCAUUAUGGAGAUCAUCUACCUGCUGACUGGAGAGGUGAGGGAUUCUGGGUAAUGUCAGUAUGGAGAUCAUCUACCUGCUGGCUGGAGAGGUGAGGGAUUCUAGGUAAUGUCAGUAUGGAGAUCGUCUACCUGCUGACUGGAGAGGUGAGGGAUUCUGGGUAAUGUCAUUAUGGAGAUCAUCUACCUGCUGACUGGAGAGGUGAGGGAUUCUGGGUAAUGUCAUUAUGGAGAUCAUCUACCUGCUGCCUGGAGAGGUGAGGGAUUCUGGGUAAUGUCAGUAUGGAGAUCAUCUACCUGCUGGCUGGAGAGGUGAGGGAUUCUGGGUAAUGUCAUUAUGGAGAUCAUCUACCUGCUGACUGGAGAGGUGAGGGAUUCUGGGUAAUGUCUGGAUAAUGUCAUUAUGGAGAUCAUCUACCUGCUGGCUGGAGAGGUGAGGGAUUCUGGGUAAUGUCACCAUGGAGAUCAUCUACCUGCUGACUGGAGAGGUGAGGGAUUCUGGGUAAUGUCAGUAUGGAGAUCAUCUACCUGCUGGCUGGAGAGGUGAGGGAUUCUGGGUAAUGUCAUUAUGGAGAUCAUCUACCUGCUGCCUGGAGAGGUGAGGGAUUCUGGGUAAUGUCACUAUGGAGAUCAUCUACCUGCUGGCUGGAGAGGUGAGGGAUUCUGGGUAAUGUCAGUAUGGAGAUCAUCUACCUGCUGGCUGGAGAGGUGAGGGAUUCUGGGUAAUGUCAUUAUGGAGAUCAUCUACCUGCUGACUGGAGAGGUGAGGGAUUCUGGGUAAUGUCACUAUGGAGAUCAUCUACCUGCUGGCUGGAGAGGUGAGGGAUUCUGGGUAAUGUCAGUAUGGAGAUCAUCUACCUGCUGACUGGAGAGGGGAGGGAUUCUGGGUAAUGUCACUAUGGAGAUCAUCUACCUGCUGGCUGGAGAGGUGAGAGAUUCUGGGUAAUGUCACCAUGGAGAUCAUCUACCUGCUGACUGAAGAGGUGAGGGAUUCUGGGUAAUGUCAUUAUGGAGAUCAUCUACCUGCUGACUGGAGAGGUGAGGGAUUCUGGGUAAUGUCAGUAUGGAGAUCAUCUACCUGCUGGCUGGAGAGGUGAGGGAUUCUGGGUAAUGUCAUUAUGGAGAUCAUCUACCUGCUGACUGGAGAGGUGAGGGAUUCUGGGUAAUGUCAUUAUGGAGAUCAUCUACCUGCUGACUGGAGAGGUGAGGGAUUCUGGGUAAUGUCAUUAUGGAGAUCAUCUACCUGCUGGCUGGAGAGGUGAGGGAUUCUGGGUAAUGUCAGUAUGGAGAUCAUCUACCUGCUAACUGGAGAGGUGAGGGAUUCUGGGUAUUCCACGGUGACACAGGCUUUAUUUAAGAAACAUAGCUCUGUGUUAAUUUAGAAUUGAUGUAAAUGGAUAUUAUAAAUCAGUAACAAAAUGUUGUUUAAUUAUUAGAUAGAUCAAGGAAAAGUUUGCAACAAUAGGCAGAGCUUACAGAACUAUAUUAAUCUGUAAAUUAAAUGUAAAUUCUUGAGCCUUUUAUAAGAAUGUAAUCAGGAAACUGCAUAAUCCGAGAGAUGCAUCUCCUUACCUGACUUUGUGUAUUUCAAUAUGUAGGAUUAUGUUAUUGUGAAAAAGCCUUACGAGCGUGUCCCACACAGUAUCAGUAAAGAAGGCUUUUCCAGGACUCACAGCCCCAACACUGUGCUUCCACCUCACUCACUGAUACAUGAGAAGAAGAUCCUGGAACUGACCAAUCAGAUCAUCCAGCUGCUGACUGGAGAGGUGAGGCUGCUGGGAAUGGGACAUUAUACAGUAAAACCAAGGGAUGUGUCUGGAUGGUGACUGUAUCAUUGUGUGUGUCAGGUUCCUAUAAGGUGUGAGGAUGUCACGGUCUAUUUCUCCAUGGAGGAGUGGGAAUAUUUAGAAGGACACCAGGAUCUAUACAAGGACGUAAUGAUGGAGAAUCAUCAUACCCUCAGCUUACUCGGUAAGAUCCAUAUAGAGAUAGAUAUAGAUAUAUAUAUAUAUAUAUAUAUAUAUAUACAUACACCGAAUAAAAUUAUAAAUGCAACACUUUUGUUUUUGCCCCCAUUUUUCAUGAACUGAACUCAAAGAUCUAAGACUUUUUUUCUAUGUACACAGAAAGCAUAUUUCUCUCAAAUAUUGUUCACAAAUCUGCCUAAAUCUGUGUUAGUGAGCACUUCUCCUUUGCCGAGCUAAUCCAUCCAUCUCACAGGUGUGACAUAUCAAGAUGCUGAUUACACAGCAUGAUUAUUGCACAGGUGUGCCUUAGGCUGGCCACAAUAAAAGGCCACUCUAAAAUGUGCAGUUUUACUGUAUUGGGGGGGGGGUCCAAAAACCAGUCCGUAUCUGGUGUGACCACCAUUUUCCUCACUCAGUGCAACACAUCUCCUUCACAUAGAGUUGAUCAGGUUGUUGAUUGUGGCCUGUGGAAUGUUGGUCCACUCCUCUUCAAUGGCUGUGCGAAGUUGCUGGAUAUUGGCAGGACCUGGAACACUCUCAUAUACGCUGAUCCAUUGCAUCCCAAACAUGCUCAAUGGGUGACAUGUCCGGUGAGUUUGCUGGCCAUGCAAGAGCUGGGAUGUUUUCAGCUUCCAGGAAUUGUGUACAGAUCCUUGCAACAUGGGGCCCUGCAUUAUCAUGCUGCAACAUGAGGUGAUGGUCGUGGAUGAAUGGCACAACAAUGGGCCUCAGGACGUCGUCACUGUAUCUCUGUGCAUUCAAAAUGCCAUCAACAAAAUGCACCUGUGUUCGUUGUCCAUAACAAACGCCUGCCCAUACCAUUACCCCACCGCCACCAUGGGCCACUCGAUCCACAAUGUUGACAUCAGCAAACCGCCUACCCACACAACGCUGUACACACUGUCUGCCAUCUGCCCUGUACAGUGAAAAAUGGGAUUCAUCCGUGAAGAAAACACCUCUCCAAAGUGCCAGACAUCAUCGAAUGUGAGCAUUUGCCAACUCAAGUCGGUUACGACAAACUGCAGUCAGGUCCAGACCCUAAUGAGGAUGGCGAGCAUGCAGAUGAGCUUCCCUGAGACUGUUUUUGACAGUGUGUGCAGAACCGAUUGUUGCAGCAGCUGUCCGGGUGGCUGGUCUCAGACGAUCUUGGAGGUGAAGAUGCUGUAUGUGGAAGUCCUGGGCUGGUGUGGUUACACGUGGUCUACGGUUGUGAGGCCGGUUGGAUGUACUGCUAAAUUCUCUGAAACGCUUUUUUAGACGGCUUAUGGUAGAGAAAUGAACAUUAAAUUCACAGGCAACAGCUCUGGUGGACAUUCCUGCAGUCAGCAUGCCAAUUGCAUGCUCCAUCAACACUUGAGACAUCUGUGGCAUUGUGCUGGGUGAUAAAAAUGCACAUUUUAGAGUGGCAUUUUAUUGUGGCCAGCCUAAGGCACACCUGUGCAAUAAUCCUGCUGUCUAAUCAGCAUCUUGAUAUGCCACACCUGUGAGGUGGAUGGAUUAUCUCGGCAAAGGAGAAGUGCUCACUAACACAGAUUUAGACAGAUUUGUGAACAAUAUUUGAGAGAAAUAGGCCUUUUGUGUACAUAGAAAAAGUCUUAGAUCUUUGGGUUCAGCUCAUGAAAAAUGGGGACAAAAACAAGUGUUGCGUUUAUAAUUUUGUUCAGUGUAUAUAUAUUUUAUUUUUUGUAUCUCUUUAUUUUUGAAGGUAUUCAUCAAACAGAACAAUAUUGCAUCAAUAAAAGCAAGCAUGGGCGUGUAUUUAAAUAUCCUCAUAUCACAGAGUUUUUUUAUGUGUAUGUAUAGAAAACUGGAUACAAGAAAUUAAUUAAACUUAAAAAAGGAAUACCAUGGCAUUAGAAAACAAAUCUAUUCCUAACGCUGCAGUGUCCCUUUACCUAGCUCUACAUAGGUGUUUGCCAUAAAAAAAUAAUAAUUGGGCAGUAUUUACAACAAUGUCCAAGGCAGGGCUCAGCAGAUGUAAAACCCUACCCAGUUUGUAGAAUAAAGGCAUGCGAUUAUAGUCUGUUUAUACAUGAAAAAAACGUGUCCUAGUUUUCUACCUUUAGAAAUUAGUUCUAAUCAUUGUACUUAUUUCCAACAGAUAUAAGCAUGGACAGAGUUAAAACCAACGGAUUAUGCUCCCUCACAUCGCCAGACUGCUUCACUGAAUCUAAACAAAAUAACCAGAGACACGUAGAACCAACUUUAUUUAAACCGAGCCCUGCAACGCAGAAAACUGUUAUAAAUGCAACAAACAAAGAGGUUUCGUAUGAAAAAGGAAAUAUUACUGAUGUUUAUAAACCCAGAGGACAUACACAGAGGGAACAUUCAUCCACUGUUAUUAAUAAGGAAUCUACCGCAAAUGAAUGUAGGAAUUCCUCAGCCAUGGACAUUUAUACACACACACCGACAGAAUGUCCAUCUACGCAUGUUAAGGUGGACUCUGGCUCAGCUAAAGGUAGAAAUGUAGCAGACACUGACAUUUAUACACCCACAGCACAUACACAGAUGGAAUGUGCAUCAACUCUUAUUAAGAAGGAAUCAGCCUCACAUGAAUCAUCCAUGUGUAGUGAUGGAAAAAUCACCCACACGGACCAUUAUGCAUCCAGGGAACACACAGAAAUAGAAUAUACUCCGAUUAAUAAAGACUCCACAACACACGAAGAAAUAAAUCUCACUGAUAUUUUUCUAACUGCAGAGCACACAUCUAUCCCUUUUGUGGAGCAAAGCAACACAAUGAGUCAGAAAUUGAAUGUAAACAAAGACUCGCAGGUAAGGACGUACAAUGAGUUUAAUAAAACAUCUACUACUACUACACAAAAUUCAAGUGCGUUAGAAAGAAUUUACACAAACUCUGGGUAUAAAACAUUUUUCAGUAUCCACUCAGAUCGUGUUAAACAACAAGGAAUUACAAAAGACCAGAAGACCAGUGCAGUAAAAGAACCGUUCCUAUGCAAAGCCUGUGGAAGAUGCUUUGAUGAAGAAGGCCUUCUCAAACUUCAUUGGAUAACCCACCUUGGAGAAAGGACCUUUACAUGUUCUGAAUGUGGGGAGCAUUUCCCGUUACAUGCAGAGCUUAUUAAACACAUGAAAACGCAUAGGGGAAGAAAGAUGUAUCCUUGCUCUGACUGUGGAAAGUCAUUCAACCGGGAGUCGCACCUUAAUCUGCAUUUGAGAACUCACACGGGAGAGAAGCCAUAUUCUUGCACAGAAUGUGGAAAAUCUUUUAGUCAGAAGUCCCAUCUUGGUAGACAUCAAAGCGUUCACACAGGAGUGAAACAAUAUGCUUGUUUUGAGUGUGGGAUUCAUUUUAUUCGUAAGUCUGACCUCGUUCUGCAUCAGCGUAGUCACAGCCGGGUGGAGGCUUUCAUAUGUUCUGACUGUGGGAAAUGUUUUACCCACCACUCGAGUCUUCUUCUCCAUCAGAAAAGUCAUACGAGUGAAAAUGUCUUGUUCUGA